CUAGUCACUUCGCCCGCUUCGUUGCCGCCUAGUGGUCGAGGGAACAGCACUGACGAAUAGUAACAGGAGAGCUUUUCAAAGACGGAACAUCUUACAGACUUGCUACGGACUCUUGACUCAAUUGCCCGUGAUUAUGGGAAUGUAUUCGUGCAGUUGCAUAAUGCUAUCAUGCGAGUUAGUGGACGAGCAGGAUGGAGUUCUACUGCCUCGUGGACCUUACUUACUGGCCCCACGAUGUCCAUGAAUGCGAGAUCAAGUUCGGGUCAUGGGUGCAUCAUGGCCACUUGCUUAACCUUGAUGCAAAUAGUACGAGUUUGGAGAUUAACCUCAACACCCGCACUCUGGCCAGCGGCAAGAACAUCACAAACUCAGAGUGGAAGAUCUCCGACUUGGCGAUAGAGCGAAAAUCCACUGUGUACGAAUGCUGUCCUGAGCCUUAUGUCAGCGUCAUCAUCUCCCUAAUUACCACGCGAGAUGCGCCGGCGUACGCGUGGGUCGUCAAGACACCUGUUAUAUGCAUGAGCUUCCUGACGCUGGUGGUGUUCCUGCUCCCUCCUGCCGCAGGAGAGAAGAUCGUCUUCGGGGGUCUAUGCCUCGUCCUCAACGUACUCUUCCUCAAUUACUCGGCCAACGUCAUCGGACACGCCCCCUCGCACACGCCCCUUAUCAUCCAGCUCGUGUGUCAGCAGAUGGUGUUGGUGAUGAUCAGUGUGGUGUUGUCAGCCUUGGUGGUCAGGCUGGCCCGCGGACCUCAUGCUUCUGACCUGCCGACUUUCCUGAAGCGGCCUGUGCUCCUCCUGGCGUCCUGCUUGUGUUUGGCCAACUACAAGCAGAUCGUGCUCAAAAACAGCGACAGCUUCGCCAGCUCGCGUAAACCCGACGAGCUGGAGCUGGGCGAGGACGGGGGCUCCGAGACCCGCCGUCGGGAGAACGGCGACGCCUGCGAGUGGCUCCUCCUCGCCGCCGUCGUGGACCGCUUGGCCCUCCUGCUCUACGCCGCCGUCUGCGUCAUCAGCCUCAUUCGCUUCAGCAGCGUCCUGUAGCGGCGAUACGUCUCGAUUCCUUCACAGCCGCGUCCUUUUAAAAACGACACGUUUUGAUUUCGAGGCAGAAUGGCGAAUAUGCUUUAUUUACCCUUAGUGUUUCCCGUUUUCUAUGCUGGUCGUUUGCGUCAUCAGCCUCGAGAGAGAGAAGAGAGAGAGAGAGAGAGAGAGAGAGAGAGAGAGAGAGAGAGAGAGAGAGAGA